AUGUUUCAGCAUAAUAAGAAGUGCUUCACCAUUGAAUCUCUCGUGGGCAAAGACUCCAAUUCCUCAAGUGCAGCCGCGGAUGAGCCCAUCAGACCCACGGCUCUGAGAUUUUCUGAAUCUAUCCAUCCAUCUCCAUUUGGGAGCUGCUUCCAGAACUCAGGCAGAACAUUGUACAGCAGCAGCCCAGAGAUGAUGUUCACAGAUCCGACUUCUCAUACAGCAAACUCAGGCCUGUCCCUGCGACAUCUUCAGAUUCCCACACAGCCCUUCUUCAGUCCUCAUCAGAGAGACACCUUGAACUUCUACCCAUGGGUACUGCGGAACAGAUAUCUCGGACACCGAUUCCAGGGUGAGGACAGUAGCCCAGAAAAUCUGCUCCUACACGGACCCUUCUCUCGCAAGCCUAAGCGCAUCCGGACGGCCUUCUCUCCAUCGCAGCUGCUACGGCUGGAGCACGCCUUCGAGAAGAACCAUUACGUGGUGGGCGCCGAGAGGAAACAGUUGGCCAACGGACUGUGUCUGACAGAAACACAGGUGAAGGUCUGGUUCCAGAACAGAAGGACCAAGCACAAGAGACAGAAGCUGGAGGAAGAGUCACCAGACCCUCAGCAGAAGAGGAAAGGCACUCAGCAUGUGAACCGCUGGAGGGUAGCCACUCAACAGGGCAGCCCUGAGGACAUAGAUGUCAUUUCAGAAGACUGAUAUUACACAGCUGUUAUGUUGGCCAAUAAACCAUCGAUCAUGAUGGCGGAUCUCAUUUUCAGACACUGACGUGAAUUGAACUUGACUUGUAAACUAAGGAAAUGAGUCAGAACUAUGCAGUCGGCUCACAUCAGUGCACAGUAGAACGAAGGACGUCAACGGCUGAACUGCUUUUAAAGACUUGAUUGUAUGCAAAACACAUGGACCUCUUCAUUUGGAUCUCAUUUCAUCUUAGAGCAAUGAAGCCUUUUUUCUACCUUUUUGCUUUUCGAGUUUUUUUAGUUAUCAUCUUGCCCCGUACUAUCAGUCAAAACAUUUCUAUCAUUAUGUAGUAUUUUGAAGAUAAAGAUAAUAAACACAUUGCUAGAUAAUUUUUUAUUGUUUUAGAUUUACAGUUCAACAACAACAACAGGUCAGUCCAAUAAAUGAAAUACCACUCAUUGUGACAGGUUUUAACAGGAUGUCUGUAGUUUACAAAAAUCUUAUUUACCAGCUUAUUCUGGUAAAAAAAUCUUCAUAGUCAUUAUAGGUUUGUCUUUUUUUAGAAAGCCUCUAGUACAGUUUCACAUUUGAAAUGCUUCUAUUUAUUCUGAAUGAACAUACUUUUCUAUGCAUUUAAGCUCCAAACCCAAAAUCUUAUUUUGUGUUUUACAUAUGGGUCAAAGCUAACACCACUGAAUACAUGCUGUAUUGUGUGAACAUAGUUUUCUUUCUUAGUUUUUUAUAUUGGUAUCACAUUGGCUCUUGAAUUGAUCUCAAAAAUCAGCGAUCUAGAGACGCUACCAGAACUCGACAAAAUCUGAAUUUCUUUCUACACUAAAGAGAAGAGAGAAAAUAAAUGCAGUCUAACCUCUAAGACCCAGAAUGGUUUGUAGCACUUCAUAGCAGAUUGUUUGUUUGUUUUUUGGGUUUCCUUUAGGGUGAUAAGCACUGUAAUCGCAUCUGUUCGUCUUCAUUGUUUAGGAUUUUUUGUUAUGUGUUUAACUUUU